UCAUGACCUGAGCUGAAGUUGGACUCAACCAACUGAGCCACCCAGGCGCCCCCUGGGUAACAAACAUUUGGGGCUAAAUACCUCAUGAAUCAUGCCGAUGUUCUGUCCUCAAGGGUCAUAAGAGAUAGCCUGUCUAUCAAGAGGCUGCUUUGGAUUCUGUGUCACCAGGUCUCUCUGCCCCUCCCCCACUCAUGCUGUGUCUUUCUGUCUCUAAAAAUAAAUAAACGUUAAAAAAAAUUUUUUUUUAAAGAGACCUGCGCACAGCUGUGUUUCCCAGGGCUUGCUGUUUUCUCUUCUGUUUCUGGCAAAAGCCCAGAAAAAUAGAGCUAUUUUGCUUGCCAUGAAUCUCAGGUCCCUUUAACUCUUUAACUAAAGGUGGGGUAGGUCAUGAAAGCUAUAGGCCAAAAUUUUUAAAUCACGGGCAAAAGUGUAGUUUAAUGAUUAUUUAUGAGCAACGGCAGCAGCAAAUGGAGGAGGACUCCCAGUGGACUCCAGUUAGCUGCCAGUUCAAACGAUAAGAUUGGGAAUUGUGAAGUGAGAAUAAGGAACUGUCUCUUCGUUUUCUACCUUUACUGUUGUGGCCAGUUAUCAAAUAAUAAUAAUAACUGACAUUUAAUGGCAUAAGUUUUUCUAAGGGUCAGUCUCUUGAUCAAAUGUCCCCGAACUUGACUUAUCCUAGCCACAUGGCAAAUGAAAGAGCUAGCCUUCAUGUUCCUAAGAUACUGGAGAUUUGUGUGAUCAAAGAAACAGCAAAUGGACUUCGCUGGGAGCAUGAGGGAUGAGGCUGGAACUUCUAUUAGUUGAAUCAUUUAUGGAAUCUAUGGAACAAUUUUUAACCUUUGUUCCAUAAAACCUUUAAAGAUAAUGGGAAAUCUGGGGACGGAAUGAGGCAGGUGAGAUCGUGUGGAAUAAAUCGCCUCUGAAGGAUCUUUUCCAUUCCAGGCUUACUAUAAAGAUCCCAAACCACCGAAGAGGUUUGAAAGCCUUGAAACUUUGUGCAGCGUUUCAAAAAACAAAACAAAAAAAAGUGCAUAAACUACCUUUCCCAGGAGGCCUCGCGGGGCACUCUCCGCUCUCCUCUAGUUUCUCUUCGCCUCGAGAGCCGCUCCAGCGGGCGGUCUUCGGUUUGAGGGGGUCCGGAACCGAAGGAGUUAAAACAAGCGACUCCCCCCCACCCCACUGGCCGCCUCCCUCACCAGUCCAGCCCGCCAGCCAUGGGCGGACGCGAUCACCUGUUCAAAGUGCUGGUGGUGGGGGACGCCGCGGUGGGCAAGACGUCCCUGGUGCAGCGAUACUCCCAGGACAGCUUCAACAAACAUUACAAGUCCACGGUGGGAGGUAAAUCUUACUCGAUUCUACGUGUAUUUUCAGUGGAUUUUGCUCUGAAGGUUCUCCAGUGGUCUGACUCAGAGGUGGUGCGGCUCCAGCUGUGGGAUAUUGCAGGGCAGGAGCGCUUCACCUCCAUGACACGACUAUACUAUCGGGAUGCCUCCGCCUGUGUUAUUAUGUUUGAUGUCACCAACGCCACAACCUUCACCAACAGCCAGAGAUGGAAACAGGACUUGGACAGCAAGCUCACGCUGCCUAAUGGAGAGCCCGUGCCCUGCCUGCUCUUGGCCAACAAAUGUGAUCUGUCCCCCUGGGCAGUGAGCCGAGACCAAGUUGACCGGUUCAGUAAAGAGAAUGGUUUCACAGGUUGGACAGAAACAUCGGUCAAGGAGAACAAAAAUAUUAACGAGGCCAUGAGAGUCCUCAUUGAAAAGAUGAUGAGCAAUUCCAGAGAAGAUAUGUCUUUGUCCACCCAAGGGGACUACAUCAAUCUGCAGACCAAGCCCUCCUCCAGCUGGGCGUGCUGCUAGUAGUUUUUGGCUUGUUUCCCUCCCACUGUCAGGAGGUCUCUUCAUCCCUUUCCCUUGGUUGCCCACCCAGCAAUCUCAUGUGCAUUUGAACUGUCUCCUGCCAGCUGUCCUGGAAGGACCAUCAUGACUAAGGAAAGCCUGGGACUCAAAUGCAUCUCUGCAUCUCUCACAGGUGGGCUCCCACUCGCUGCUGGCUGCUGUGACUCAGUUGGCACCUUCUGUGUAAGAAAGCUCAUCUUAUCUCUCCAUUUGGGAUCCGGGAUUUUGUGGGAAGCGUUGGAAAUCGGCACCUGUGAUCAGAAUCCCCACCUGUUUUUCACGUUCAUUUUCCCAUUUGAUGUAUGUUGAUAUCUCAACCUGAUAGGACUUCAGAUUGCGAGGAAAACGAGAGCAAAGGGCAUUUCCCAAAUUCAUCGUAGGUUAUCGCUGUCAGAUUCUUCCUGUCUUGGACUUUGAAUUUGAACCUCUGAUUCCAAGAUGCACAGGAGUGCGGCUGGAUAUCCAUGGGUUUGGGGCUACAGGAGGUAACGCAAAAGUCACUGUAUUUUUGAAGCUUCUAAAGUCAUAACUGGCUUUCUCUUACCUUGGCUUCAAGAAUAGUCAAGCUUUUAAACUACUUAUUGUGUGUGGUGAGAGCAUUUCUUUCCCCCAAAGGAAUCAAUUGUCACGUUAGAGUUUUUCAGUAUCUCGCUACCAGCGGGGUGGGAGCGGGGUUAGCAGGUAUUCUGGGUUGGUGUCCUGACGUGUAACACUGCAAAUGACAUCAGUUGGCCGUGGUGCCCUGAAAUAGGUCUGUUCCGCACAGCUCGGGGAGUCUGAAUGGAAGAGGGAAAGGUUAAUAGAACAAAAUCCUGUGGGGCAACUUGCUUCUGAGCACUUUGGGUGCCUAGCACUUAACAGCCUUAAGAAACAAAUUUUAUGUACAGACCUUUGCCUGAGGGGACUGAGUAGAUAGACAGAAAAUCUUUAAGUAAUUUAAGUGCUAAAUCGGGUAGGGUUUUUAGUAUCAAAUCACUUCUAGACAGCUUAAUUUGUUAAAUUCUCACAGGAUGGUGAUUUAUAACUUACCCAAAGUUAUGAAUAUUCUUAAUGAACUCAGGCCUAGAAUUUUUUGAAAGACACUUAUUUAGAUAAGUAAGCAUCCUAAGUAAGCAACUCCCAAAUCUGACCAAUCAGAACCACUUGGGAAGUUUGUUUAAAAAAACAUUUUUUUUUAAAUAAGGUGUUUAUUUUAUGUUUUAAGAUUUCUCAAACCCACUGAAUCAAAAUUUCCUGGGGUGGAGCCUGGGAAUUUGUUGUUUUUCAAAGCUACCCGGAUAAUUUGACUAGCCUGGUUUGGAAAGCAUCACUGGGGAGUUUGGUAAAGAUGUACAGACCCAGGCAUUCCCUACAUAAAUGCCCCUGGGCUCCCCUGUGCUCUGUUAGCUCUCCAGGUGAUUCUAAUAUACACCGGACUUUGGAAACUACUGUCUUAAGAGAAUGAUCAGAGGCCAAAUAUCAGAAAGAGAAUGGGAGCCAGACUUUCAGUGGUUGGUUGGUUGGUUGGUUGGUUUUUAAUACCAAGUAUUAUCACUUGUGCAUAGUCUCUUAAGACCGUGAAGUUCUCUUUUGUAUUACCCUUUUAAAAUAAUAGGUUUUUAUUACAACGAUUCUGAAGGUAUUAGUGGAGUAACUAAUUCCCUUUAUGUGAAAAGAAAAUUGAUUAUUAUUUGCCGGUUUGAACCUCUGCAAAGUCACAAAUAAAGGUGAAAUAAGUCUUGUA